AUGUAUUCUAACAACGGAAUCACGGCCUCAGAUGACUGUUUUCUCCGUUUUAUAGUCCAGGAUGAUGAAUGUGAACGACAUGCAAGAAAUGAAAGCCUGAGUGAUUCUCCUAACAGAAUCUAUAAGGGCACCCAAAGCAACAGUUGCAAUAAAGUUAAUAAUUGUAGCAAACAUACCACCCAGUGUGGAAGUGGAUGUUUUCAGCUUGACCAUUCCAAUGACUUUCAUGCUAAUGCUUCAAGAAGUGCUAGCAGCAAUAGCAGCAGCUGUUCAGAACGGAACAACUGUGGAAGUUCUCAGAAGUGCUAUUGUGAAGACUUUCACACAGAUUCUUCAGGAAGUGUUAGUAGUAACAGUAGCAGAAGCAGCAGCAGUCAUUUAGACCAACCAGAAACCAAAAAGGUGGAAUUACCAAAGGAGAAAAAAGAAAACGGUCACCAAGCAAAAGGAGGAAAGAAACUACCUAAAAAGAAACAACAGCAAAAGACUUCUUUUGCUUGUUACAGUGUUGUAAAUUCCCAGAAGAAGAAUAAUGUGGCUCGCCGUAUAUUGUCAGCUAGACUCCACAAAGUUAAGGAGCUGAAAAACGAAGUGUGUGUUUUGAAGAAUAAAUUGGAAGCAUCCAAUAUGGAAAACCAGCUUUUGAAGAAUCUCCAGUACCGACAUUUAAAAGCAAUAGCAAAAUAUGAAAAUGCAGAGACUAACCUGCCUGAUCUGCUGGAGAAACACAGUCGAGAAGUGAGGACUCUAAGAGUGCUUCUCAGGAAGUCUCAGGAGCAGGAGCGGAAUGCAUCCAGAAAGCUUAGAGAAGUUGAAAUACAACUGCUCAAGACGAAAGACGCUUUCCAGGCACUGCAGAAACUUUGUGAAGACAAGCAUCUUGCUGAGAGAGGGGAACUUCAGCACAGAUUAACAGCCCUUACUGAAAGAAUGGAAGCCAGUGAUAAGAGAAUUCAGGGUCUGGAAAAGAAGCUGCUGCUGAAUAAUACCUCCUUUAGUCAUCAGUUAGCUGCUGAGAAGAAAAAGACAAUUGAAGCUCAGAUGAUCACCACAAAUCUUCAAAUGGAAAUUAAGUCACUUAACCAAAAAAUCAAGGAAAAAGAACGAGAACUUGGUGUAAGGAACAUUUAUGCAAACCGGCUGCUUAAAAGUCAACAAGACAAAUGUGAGCUGGAGUCUCCCCCGAAAGGUAGUAAUAUAAACAAGGCAGUACAAGCAGAUAAGAGUUUUAAAAUAGAAGCAACGACCCCACUUCAAAAGCACGAGACAGAGAAAAGCGCAGUUUUAAAAGAGGAGAAGACAAUCCAAGAUUCAAAAGAAAAAUUAUGUGGUGUGCAUGAAGAGGCAGCACUAAAAUCAGAAUUUCAUCAAUUUGAAAAAUUACCAAAGGAAGACACUUCAAAUGUAACAUGCAAAGAACUGUUAAGGGAAGAAAUACAUCCAAAGGAAGAAAAACAUUUCAGAUGUGAAUAUCUAGAAGGACAAAAGAAAAGGAGAGACAUGCAAGGGUUAAAAGUUGACAUUUUGAAAGAUGAACUUGAGAAAUUAAUGGGAGAAGGAUCACUUUAUCCUACUCAAGAUGUUCUGAAAAAUAAAAAUAAUCUGGAAGAAGCUUUAGUGGAAAAGAAAAACAAUGAGGAAUGCAAGGAAGGUGGGGAGAAAACAGCAAAAGAAACAGAUCAUGUUAAGCUGGCAGCACAACACAAAAUAUCUAAAUUAAAGAAACAGUAUGUGUUUUCAGAGGUCAUUGAAAAUUUGCACCAGGGACUCCCAUCAACAGGUCCCAUAUCCAACACAAGCACUUUCUACAAUAGUAGACAGGUGGGUCGGCAGCAGACUGAAGUAAAGGGGGAAAAUUCAGUUAGUACCUAUGAACCCUCAUUUGGUAAUGCUACCAAAAUAAGGCAGGACACUUCAACACAUAGUGAAGACCACACUCCUACUGUAUCAAUGGCGAAGAAAAGUACUCUUAUGGAAGAACUCUUUGGUCCAACCUGCAUCUUAAAAGACAGUCAUCAAAACUUGAAAGAGCUGGGCAAGGGGAAAAAAACUCUGCAAAGUGAAAGGAUAUAUGAAAUCUCUUCAUAUCUCAGUGAUGGCUUACAGUGUGGUGACUGCAAACAAACCCAAAUAAAGGUUUUCCAUGCAACUGCCACUUUGGAAGACCCGAGAUAA